CACAAUGCAACAAUCUGAAGCAGCCUGCCAAUGGCCUGAUGUCCCUACCACGAUGCAACAAUCUGAAGCAGCCUACCAACAGACUGAUGUCCCCACCACAAUGCAACAAUCUGAAGCAGCCUGCCAACGGACUAAUGUCCCUUCCAUAAUGCAACAAUCUGCAGCAGCCUACGAACAGACUAAUGUCCCCACCACAAUGCAACAAUCUGCAGCAGCCUACCAACCGACUUAUGUCCCUUCCAUGAUGCAACAAUCUGCAGCAGCCUACCAACGGACUAAUGUCCCUUCCAUAAUGCAACAAUCUGCAGCAGCCUACGAACAGACUAAUGUCCCCACCACAAUGCAACAAUCUGCAGCAGCCUACCAACCGACUUAUGUCCCUUCCAUGACGCAACAAUCUGCAGCAGCCUACCAACGGACUAAUGUCCCCACCACAAUGCAACAAUCUGCAGCAGCCUACCAACAAACUUAUGUCCCUUCCAUGAUGCAACAAUCUGCAGCAGCCCACCAACGGACUAAUGUCCCUUCCAUAAUGCAACAAUCUGCAGCAGCCUACCAACGGACUAAUGUCCCUUCCAUGAUGCAACAAUCUGCAGCAGCCUACCAACGGACUUAUGUCCCACCCAUGAUGCAACAAUCUGCAGCAGCCUACCAACGGACUAAUGUCCCUUCCAUGAUGCAACAAUCUGCAGCAGCCUACCAACGGACUAAUGUCCCCACCACAAUUCAACAAUCUGCAGCAGCCUACCAACAAACUUAUGUCCCUUCCAUGAUGCAACAAUCUGGAGCAGCCUACCAACGGACUGAUGUCCCCACCACGAUGCCACAAUCUGCAGCAGCCUACCAACGGACUAAUGUCCCUUCCAUGAUGCAACAAUCUGAAGCAGCCAGCCAAUGGACUGAUGUCCCCACCACGAUGGAACAAUCUGCAGCAGCCUACCAACGGACUAAUGUUCCUUCCAUGAUGCAACAAUCUGCAGCAGCCUACCAACAGACUAAUGUCCCUUCCAUGAUGCAACAAUCUGAAGCAGCCUACCAACAGACUAAUGUCCCUUCCAUGAUGCAACAAUCUGAAGCAGCCUACCAACGGAUGGAUGUCCCUACCACGAUGGAACAGGAGGCUCAGGUACCUGCUGCAUUAGAUUCCCCACAACGAACUGGAACCAUCGGAAACAGCGGCACAAUCAGUGGUAGCAAAAACUCUAUCAUUGUUGGUUCAACUGGAGUCAAUAUCAGUUACGUCUUCCCGUUGCAGGGACCAGAUGAUGCAUCACACCACUCUGGUCAUCCAUCAGUUGACAUAUCAGAGAAUCCACCAAGUACAUCACAGCAACCACCAACACGGCAUGUGGCCUCAGGUGCACAAGGUAAUUAUCAAUGA